AUGUCCAAAGAACUUGAACCUCUGCCUAAAGAGGAACUGCACUCCUCCGCCCUCUCCAUCUCCUCCACCAGCAGCACCCUCCACAACACCCCAACCAACACCACCACCCCCUUCCACCCAACAAAGCGCUUCGCAAUCCACGCCCAAGGCAUCGGCCUCGUCCGCCUCCCCUUUCCAUCCCGCGAGAUGGAAACCCCCAUUUACCACACCGAAGACGGCAGUCUCGCAUACACAUCCACCCGCGACAAGCGCUGCUCAGGCAACGCCAUCCUCUCACACCCCAAACAAGGCGAUAUCAUACAAACGGAGUACUUUUUCGGUCCCGGACGAGACCCUGUUAUUCGUGUUUUGCAGACCGAGCAAGGCCCGUUCGAGGUAACGGUUAAGGGGAAGUGGGCGUCUCGGACGAGGCAGUUUGAGAUGCGCGAUGGGGAAUGUUUUGAGUGGAGCUAUGCGAGUGAGAAGACGGGUGGGAAGAGGGUUAAUUUGAUUGUUUUGAGGCGGGUGGAUGGGGAUGGAGAGAAGGAUAGGGAGGGGAGGAUUAUUGCGCAGCUUGUGCGGAGUGAGGAGAAGAGGACGGCAGGGACAUCGCGGUCUCGAGCAGGCAAUGGAGGGGAAUUGCUGGUGAGUGAAGAAGGGAUUCGGGAUGUUGGAGAGGGAUUGAUUAUCGCGACGUGUUUGUCGAUGUUGAAGAGGGAGAUUGAUCGACGGAGGGCGGUGCAGGCUGCGGUGAUUGCGGGGGGUGCUGGCAGUUAG